AUUGCCAGAGUCUCGAAGUGAAAACGUCAAACGAAAAUAGAAAAAAACGCAAGUGUUGAUUUAAUUAUUAAACUAAUACAGCAAGCUAAGGGCAAAGCCUUAGCAACAGUGAAUAGCGCAUAUGAAAGACAUUAAGCCGCAUCCUGUGUAAAAAACAAUUUUAAAUCAAAAGCACACACACAUAGACAGACUACUACGACGCACACAUACAAACGUAUUCAAUUUGUGAUCUGUGCUGCGCCUCCUUUGCUCAUACACACACACACACACACACGCACGCAACACACCAAUACAGUUGAACGUCGCAGUUUUCACAGCUGCAACGCAAAUUAUAAAAAGGAGUUUGCAAAAUUUGUUGCACGUCGUGAAGUAAAAGAAAACUAAAUCGGAAAAGUGCUAAAAGAAAACUUAACAAAGAUGGAAAUAACACAGCAGCCAUUGAUUGGCAAGCUGCGCUACUAAGCGAGUAACGAGGAGCAAGAAACCGAAGAACAAAAGGCGGAUCAUGAGAAGCAUGUUCCGUCCGAUCAAAAAGAUCUUUACGUAUAUACAAAAAAAUGCAAGUAACGGCACAAUGUUUGGCAACGCAAGCACAUUAAAAGUGGAGGAGCAACAGCAGGAGCAGGCGCAGGAAGUACAAGAGCUGCAAGGGACGACGCCUUCGCCACCGCCACAGCACGCACAGGAAGAGGAUGACAUCGAGCGUCAAAUCAAGACAUCAAUAAUUGAUGCAAGCAAAGUGAAAGCAAAGUUGGUGCUGCCAUUGGAGCUGCAGCUGGAUGAUGAGCUGGCAGACUUUGCCGAAGAGCCCGUGAACGUUGUAGCUGCCGCCGCAGCGGAGGAAGAAGAGCUGGAUGAGCAGUUUCUGGAGCUAGAGAAUUUCCCGAAUAAUGAGAUUAUAGUGCUGGAAACAGAGCUCAAUUCGUCGCUAGCCUCGGACAAUGUAAGCGAAGAUCCGCUGGCCUUAGAGGAGGUUGAAGAGCAGCAGCUGGAAAGCACUGGCAAUUUGCUGUGGCUAGAGACGCCGCAAGCCAGCACAGGUACAACUACGGGCCAAGCGCAAGAGCUGAAGAAGAGCAAGGAGUUGGAGCUGCGCAGCGAUGGCGGCUCGGACUCGGGCUUGGGCAGUGAAAACGAUAGGCAAGCUAUUAAGCCGCUACGCUCGAAUCUUAAGCGUCGCCUGGAGGAUGAGCUGCCCGAGCUGAGCGGCGUUGAGCCGGAUGUCAGCGUGCAGAAGCGCGCCAAGCGCAGCAUAAACUUUGACAGCGUCAAAGUUUACUAUUUUCCACGUCAGCAAGGCUUCAGCUGUGUGCCCACCGUCGGCGGCUGCACGCUGGGCAUGGCGGCGCGUCAUAUAGCAUUCAAGACCAUGACGCUGGCGGAGCAUGCGGCCGAGCUGCGGCGCGCGCAUCGCAGUCAGCAGCAACAACAGCAGGAGCAGCAGCUGGGCAACAGCAAUAGCAGCGACGAUAGCGAAGAGUCUGAAGAGGAUUACUUGAGCGAAUGCAGCGGCAGCGAUGCCGACGAUGGUUCCAAUGGCUUCCUGCAGCCGGUGACGCCCAAGCAGCGACGUGCGCUGCUCAAAGCCGCUGGCGUGCGUAAAAUCGAUGCCAAUGAGAAGCGCGACUGCCGCGACAUACGCAACUCGCGUGAGGUUUGCGGCUGCUCCUGCCGCGAGUUUUGUGAUCCCGAAACCUGCGCCUGCAGUCAGGCGGGCAUCAAGUGUCAAGUGGAUCGCGCUAUGUUUCCUUGUGGCUGCUCGCGUGAAGCUUGCGGCAACACUGUGGGUCGCGUGGAGUUCAAUCCGACGCGUGUGCGCACGCAUUAUAUACACACGGUGAUGCGUCUGGAGCUGGAGCAGCGCCAGAGUCAGGGUGCGCCCAAUUUGGUAUAUGCCAGCUCCAGCUCAAAUGGCAACAGCUUGCCUGCGGCCAGCAGCAGUUCCACUGCUGGUUCUUCCUCCACCAGCUGUUACUUCAUGCAGCCGCAAUCCAACUAUAGCUCCGGCUAUGCCUCGCCAGCCUAUACGCCCGACUCCAGCGUUAGCUACUAUCAUCAGCAGCCACAGGCGCCGACCGCUGCCGUAACAGCAACUUCAGUUGCUGGUUUUGCCGCCAGCUACGCACCUAUGGACAGCCUGGACUCUGGACUCUUUGCCAGCGGCAGCAAUGCAACGCCCUCCUAUGGCGAACUGCUGGCGCCCAGCUUUCUGCAUCAGCCCAUUAGCCAGCACUAUGCCAGCACACAGUUGAACGCAUACAGCUCCUACCCAACGCCAACGACGCCAGCUGUGCCAGGCUUAGGCGCUGCCACGCCCACAGUGCAGUACAGUUCAUGCGCAGUGCCAUCGGUGCCGCCGUUUGGCAAUGCCACAACAACCGCCUCGAAUGCCACGCUAUAUCAACAGCCACAUGUAUUAGAAACAACCACCGCCGCCGGCGCAGCCACCAACAUCAGUCGAAUCAGCAGCAGCAUGUCGCUCAGCUCCAGCAAUUGUGCAGUUGGACUCUCGCGUCUUGUGAGCGUCAGCACAACAAAUGAUUUUAUUAUUGGUGGCAGUUCAUCGCGACUGUCGCAGAUUACAGAGCUGCUGCAGCAUAAUCGCAGCACUACCGCCGCCUUGGUCGCCGUCUCCGAGGGCUAUACGGUGCACAAUAACAACAACAACAACAACAAUAGCUCGUCUAGCAGCACGCAGGACAAUUCAAUUGAUACGCCACCCAUUGUGGAGGAGGCGCAGCGUAACAGCUGCUUGGGCUUUGAGGAGCUGCCACCACCGCCGCUGCCCAUUGUCGCUGUACAUAAUGCACCCAACAAGCAGCAGCCACUGCAGCUGCAGUCGCCGCCAACGCCGUCGACGCCAACACAAUCGAUGGGUGUGCUCACCAUUACCGCACGCCAGCCGCUGGACACGAAUCUGGGCAACGGUGGAUAAAUUCGGGAAUAGUUUUUAUAGCAAUUUUUACACAGCAGAAGACUUAAUUACGUUUAAGUAUCAAGCGUCGUAAUCAAAAAAACAAAAAACCUAAAUUAAACAAAAAGAAUAGACAUGUCUAAACGGCAGUUUGUUGAUUGUUUAGAACGUUGCUCGAAAAUACUUUUUAUGCAAAUUCUAACAACUUUGUAUUAACGCUUUGUUCUCGAACAAAAUCUCUGUAAUUAUUUCAAGUAAUCCCAAUGAAAUUUUAAAACAUUUUAACUGACGCAUGUGCAUUUCGCAAUGCUACUUUAUUUAUCGAUACCAUCGAUAUACAUUGCAGCAUCUACUACAGCUCACUUCAAAACUAUUUUUAAAGCAUAAAUUAUUAACAUUUUUUUUAACUAAUGUAAUACAAGUUACUUAUCGAUUUUAGAGCUUAGUAUCAACACUGCCCGUUUAGGCGCCUGCCCCUGUGUUAAAACUCCUACUGCGACGUCUACUCCCCCUCUUCCCCUCGCAUGUCGCAGUCUCUUUUUAAUGGCGCCAUUGAACACGCCACUGUAUAAAUCAGUUUAAUUGUUACAACUCUAAUUAGUAUUAGUUGAUAAGCUAAUAUUAUGUAAUUUAGUCACUUUGUUGCUACAAAAAAACAAUUG